AUGUGGGAGAAGUUAUGUAACAGGGUCCUUAGCGCCUUGGACUUAAACCAGGCCACACUUUCAGGUUGCUCAGACAUAAUAUGUGUAAAGCAGAAGCCUACAGAUAGAACUCUCGAUUUAGUCGCUGAUGACGGAUGGGUUUAUAAGAGUACUCCGUUCCAUGUGAGAUUUGGAAAGGCGAAGCUGCUUAAAAGCAGAGAGAAGAAAGUAGCAGUGUAUGUAAACGGGCAACUGACGAAUUUGACGAUGAAACUCGGUUCAGUUGGGGAGGCCUAUUUCAGAGACGGAGGAGAUGAUUUGGAUUCAUUGGACCCUUCCACUUUCUCUUCUAGGACAGAUAAAGAUUCUUCUAGCGGGAUAGUGGACUAUGGGUAUUACGCCUGCAAUAGCAAGAAUGACUUGGGGAACAUGGGAUCGCCCUUUGACUUCGAGUCUGCCGUACUUUCAAAGAGCGAGGAUACCACGCCAGUUUCCUCACAGACACCGCAAAGUAAUAUUUCUGCAAGUAUGGCAAAUUUGACAUACAACAGAGAAGAAAGCGUUACCGACGCAGACGAAAACGUGCCCUUUAGUAAGGCAUAUUACAGGCAAUACACAAACAGACCGGAAUCGACGCCAAUGUUGACGGAAUCACAGGACAAAACGGAGUUUUUCCAGCAACUGAGCGACGGGGACUUGGUACUACAGUUUAGUCUCUGUGGGCACCUGCUCACGUGCAACGACAACGUUUUAAACGAAAGCCUGUUCCACGCAAACAUCGUCGACUACAGUAAACUCAACGACGACCCGAAGCUGUGGUUCCACGAGUCAAUGGUAGCCUGCUUCGACGGAAAGCCGCCCUACUACCCGUCCAGAAUAGCAAUGCCGCUUUUGGCCUCAUGGAUGGUCUUCAACAAGCCGCUGACGAUAGACGCAAUAGAAAAGUUGCUGAGGAGCAGCCUGCAAAUAACGCACAAGAGAGUUCUACGGAGGAAACACACGAAGUCCAUAUACACGUCCAAAGGGAAAAGGAUAACUCUGAGGCCGACGUCGCAGCAGCUGUCGAAGCUGGGCCUCAAGUACGGGCAGAACACGAUCAAGUUCAGUGUGUACUCGUCGCUGCAGGGCGUGAAGAGCGUGUAUGCCUCGAUGUAUCUCCUGCCCUCGGACGCAAAGAUUGUCAUCUCGGACGUUGACGGCACCAUCACCAAGUCGAACGCACUUGGACACCUGAUGCCGAUCAUCGGCAAGGACUGGACGCACUCGGGCGUGGCGCAGCUGUUCACGAAGAUCAGGCACCACGGCUACUUCGUGCUCUACCUGUCGGCACGCGCAAUAGGCCAGGCCGACAUAACUCGGGAGUACCUCUUCGGCCUCAGGCAGAACUCGCGCGAGAAGCUCCCGAAGGGCCCCCUAUUCCUGUCGCCGGACCGACUCCUGCCCUCGAUAAAGAGGGAGGUGAUCACGAAAAACGCAUACAUGUUUAAAAUUCCAUGUCUCAGAGACAUCAAUUCACUGUUUCCGUCGAAACAUAACCCGUUUUACGCGGGCUUCGGGAACAACUCGUCUGACCACCGAGCGUACGUGUCAGUUGGAGUCCCCGAAAAGCGCGUGUUCAUCAUCAACCCGAGCGGCGUGAUAUCUCACGUGAACUCGCAGUUCGCGAGGACCUACGAGUCGAUGAGUGAAAUUGCGGAGACCAUGUUCCCGCACCUCAGGUCGGAGCAGGUCGAAAACGACAAGGAGCUCUACAACUCGCAGCACUUCUGGAACUUCCCCGUGCUCAAGGAGUCCGAAAAGCUAGACUAA